GUGUUCUAGGGUUCCCUUCUCCCACAAGUUCAUCACGCGAAGAGCGGCAGGCCUUUUCUGAAUCCAAUUUCCAAUCGCAUCGCAGAAGUCCUACCAACCAUGGCUACUCAAAUGAGCAAAAAGCGAAAGUUCGUCGCUGACGGAGUGUUCUUCGCCGAACUGAACGAGGUCUUGACCAGAGAGCUGGCUGAAGAUGGCUACUCCGGCGUCGAAGUUAGGGUUACGCCUAUGAGGACGGAGAUCAUCAUCAGGGCCACUCGUACUCAGAACGUUCUCGGUGAGAAGGGAAGAAGAAUUAGGGAACUGACAUCUGUUGUUCAGAAACGUUUCAAGUUUCCAGAGAACAGUGUUGAGCUUUAUGCAGAGAAGGUCAACAACCGAGGGCUUUGCGCCAUUGCCCAGGCGGAGUCUCUGCGUUACAAACUUCUUGGAGGGCUUGCUGUCCGCAGGGCUUGCUAUGGCGUCCUUAGGUUUGUCAUGGAGAGUGGAGCAAAAGGAUGUGAGGUUAUUGUUAGUGGUAAGCUCAGGGCCCAGCGUGCAAAAUCCAUGAAGUUUAAGGAUGGAUAUAUGAUAUCCUCCGGUCAGCCCGUUAAAGAAUAUAUUGACUCUGCUGUGAGGCACGUGCUUCUUAGACAGGGUGUUCUUGGAAUCAAAGUCAAGAUCAUGCUUGACUGGGACCCCAAGGGCAAGCAAGGCCCCACAACGCCUCUACCGGAUGUCGUUACAAUCCACCCACCCAAGGAUGAAGACGAGUACUUGAGGCCCUCGUUUGUGGCGGCAGAUGUACCAGAAGUUGCUGCAUAGAUUAGCUUCUCCUUUUAUCUUUUAGCUUGCAGUGUUUAGGUCAAGGAUCAAGUUUAAGACCGCUUAUAGGCAUUUUCUUUUUCUUUUUUUUUUUUUUUUUUUUUUUUUUUUUUUUUUUUGAGUUAAGGAUGUGGAUUUAGUAUUUGCUUUAUUUAGUUGCAAGGAGCUAAAGUGGUGACCUUAUGUAGUUUUGUCUAUUAUGCUCUUGAUGGGCAAUGAAUACCUUGUCAUGAGCAAAGUCAUUUUUUUCCCUCAAGGAGAUGAGUUCUUGU